AUGUUGCGGUGGUUUCACCUUAGGAGGUUAACAUGCGAGAAAGUUUUCGAUCUUUUUGACGUUGACCAAGACGAGGCACAUCAACCGAAAAGAAAGAUGAUUGCCUCAGAUGUCGAGUCAUCUACUCCACAUUACUUGACAUAUAUUUCUAGUCUGAAUCCUGAAUCGCCAGAAGUCCCUUCUUCUGUACGCUACAACUUUAGAAAAGAUGGAACAUCUUCAUCUGAUCCAUCCUGUGGAAAUAACCGAUCUACCCAGUCCACCGAAGAAACUCAUACGGUGGGAAUUAAUAGGAGAACAGUCCAAGAAAUAAUGGCAAGACUUCAAAGCUUGGAGGAAGAAAUCCGAGGAAUAAAAUGUAAAGAGGGAUUUGAAAAACGGGAUGACAAUAAUGAAUUUUUUGACGCAGCGUUUGGGGGGAAUGAAGAUGUGGGAGGUAGUUAUCGGAUGACAAGCCCGGUGAAUGAACAAAAGAAGAAAAAGAAGAUUGUUGCUAGCAACAUCGUGGAUGCGGAAAAUCAUAUACCCGUGCCUCCUGUUGCAAAACCAGGUCGUCCGGUUAGGGCAUUGAAACCUUCUCAAUAUCUUAGAUAUCCAUAUGUUUUUGUUCAAAAUGCUCCCCGAUAUCGUCCGAGUGGGAAAGCAUCCAUUACUGUUGCGGAUGUUACGGACAUGCCCAACAGAAAGGGAUGUUUGGAGAGUGCGGUGACUUUAUGUUGA